AUGACUAUUACACCAGUCACGACCAAGAUCGUGCAAGUACCUCAUCUUGGAGGUAUCGAUGCGAGUACCUAUAUGCCAGCACCCUACGACCCCUCCAAGCCAACCCUCGUACUCUGCAAUUCUUUCGGCACAAGCGCAGACCUCUACAGACAUCAAUACCAAAAUGCAGAACUCAACAAACUGGUCAACUUGCUGGCGAUUGAAUUGCUGGGUCAUGGCCAGACCAGAGCAAAGAAGACUGAGAACUUCACUUAUUGGGAUAGUGCAAUCAUGAAUUUGCAAGUGCUGGAUAAGUUGGAGAUCAAGGGUAAGGUGUUCGUGUUAGGAACUAGUCAAGGUGGUUGGCAGACUGUGAGGAUGACACUGUUGGCGCCUCACAGGGUCGCGGGUAUUAUCCCUCUCGGCACCUCAAUGGACACUGAAAAUGAACGAACAGUAAAACUCGGCUGCUGGGAUGCAAGACAGAACCUCACUCCCACAAUCGAAGGCUGGACAACCAACGAAGCUACACCAUCCUUUGUACCCCCAGAAGAAUUCUGCCAUUUCAUGAAUGCUACUGGGUUCGGCAAGGAUAUCCCAACGGAAGAUGGUGAAUUCUGGGUCAAGGCCAUUCAGAAGAACUGGGGCGGUGAUGAUGGUCGCAGACGUGCUAGAAUGUGUGGGAUCAAUCUGCGAGACAGAGAUGGUCUGCAUGGAAGACUCUUCGAUGUGCGAGUUCCAGUGCUGUGGCUGCAUGGAGACCAGGAUGUGGUGUACAGUGUGGCCAAUGCUCAGGAGGAGAUUAAACUCUUCGUCAACAGUCCUGAUGCGACGCUACAGGUCAUCGAGGGUGGACCACAUUACCUGAAUUACACUAGAGCUAAGGAGGUGGACGCUGCAGUUGUGGAUUUCUUGAGUAAGCAUAUCAAGCAGGCCAAAUUAUAG